AGUGCAAGAGCACCCAUGGAGGAGCCGACAGGCAACACCGUGGUCAUCCGCAUUGGAAUCCCAGACCUACAACAGACGAAAUGCAUGAAAUUCAAUGUGGAUGCUCCAAUCUGGCUGUCCAAGCAGCGGAUCCUGUGUACUCUCAACCAGAGCCUGAAGGAUGUACUCAACUAUGGCCUAUUCCAGCCAGCUUACAAUGGCAAAGCUGGCAAGUUCCUGGAUGAGGAGAGACAGCUAAGGGAAUACCCCUUCCCAUCCAUCGCUCCUGUACCUUACCUGGAGUUCCGCUACAAAAGACGCGUCUACACUCAGACCUACCUGGAUGAAAAGCAGUUGUCAAAGCUCCACACCAAGGCAAACCUGAAGAAGUUUAUGGAGUUUGCGCAGCAGAGGAACAUCGAAAAGGUCUCAAGGUUCCUGGAAAAAGGUCUGGACCCUAACUUCCACGAUCCAGACUCAGGAGAAUGUCCUCUCACGCUGGCGGCACAGCUGGAGGGAUGUGCGGAGCUCAUCAAGGUGCUGAAGAGUGGAGGGGCGCAUCUGGACUUCAGAACAAAAGAUGGCAUCACUGCCCUCCACAAGGCCGUGCGCAGCAAAAACCAUACAGCUCUUAUAACGCUGUUGGACUUGGGUGCGUCUCCUGACUAUAAGGACAGCAGGGGGCUAACUCCUCUCUACCACAGUUCGAUGGUAGGAGGAGACCCCUACUGCUGCGAGCUGCUGCUGCACGAUCACGCACAGGUCGGCUGUGUGGAUGAGAACGGCUGGCAGGAGAUACAUCAGGCAUGCCGCUACGGUCACGUGCAGCAUUUGGAGCAUCUGCUGUUCUACGGAGCCGACAUGAGUGCCCAGAAUGCAUCUGGAAACACCGCCCUGCAUGUGUGUGCUCUCUACAACCAGGAUAGCUGUGCACGAGUUCUCCUGUUCCGUGGGGCCAAUAAAGAGAUAAAGAACUACAACAGCCAGACUGCUUUUCAGGUGGCUAUAAUCGCAGGAAACUUUGAUCUGGCAGAAAUCAUCAAGGUCCACAAAGCAUCAGAUGUUGUGCCUUUCAGGGAGACCCCCUCCUACACCAACCGUCGACGUGUGAUGCCUGGCCCCCUGCCCUCGCCGCGUUCCUUGCUCCGCUCUGCGAGUGACAACAACCUGAACGGGGACCAUGAUCACAUCCACAGUCAGGCCCCCCGAGAAAUCCGCGGCCGUCAGGGUCACUCCCCUGUCCCCUCGCUGCGCAGCCUGCCAGCUCUUGGGCAGCAGCACAGCAGCCUUGGAGAGAUCCCUGACAGCAGUCUCCAGAGUACCGGCAGCUCCAGAUCCUCCCAUUCCCGCUCGCCUUCGCUACAUCACAUGCACGAAGAGGACAAGCCUGUUCCCAGACGGUCCCACAGCCAUGGCUACCCUCACGGACAUGGCCCUCGUGGAAGGCUCAGCCCCGGUUCAGUGCAGCGAGACCCAAGCCCACCUCAUCACACCCCUCCAGCACUGGCCGGCCCCCGCGGGCCCAAACGAAAACUCUACAGUGCUGUCCCAGGACGUACUUUCAUUGUGGUCAAGCCCUACACGCCACAGGGGGAGGGAGAGAUACAGCUCAACCGUGGAGAACGGGUCAAAGUGCUGAGCAUAGGGGAAGGAGGUUUCUGGGAAGGCACGGUGAAAGGGAGGACAGGAUGGUUCCCUGCGGACUGCGUGGAAGAAGUUCAGAUGAGGCAGUUUGACCCUCGGCUAGAGACUCGGGAGGACCGCACUAAGAGACUGUUCAGACACUACACUGUGGGAUCUUACGACAACUUCACCUCAUACAGCGACUAUAUCAUCGAGGAGAAGAACGCUGUGUUACAGAAGAAAGAAAAUGAGGGGUUUGGCUUUGUCCUGCGGGGAGCCAAAGCUGAGACUCCCAUCGAAGAGUUCACUCCCACCCCAGCGUUCCCUGCCCUGCAGUAUCUUGAGUCUGUGGACGUGGAGGGAGUGGCGUGGAGGGCCGGUCUGAGGACAGGGGACUUCCUCAUUGAGGUAAAUGGGGUGAAUGUAGUGAAGGUGGGCCAUAAGCAGGUGGUGUCCUUGAUCCGGCAAGGGGGCAACAGACUGCUGAUGAAGGUUGUUUCUGUCACGCGCAAACCUGAGUCUGAAGAAGUCGUUCGAAAGAAAGCUCCCCCACCACCCAAGAGAGCUCCUAGCACCACCCUGACACUGCGCUCUAAGUCUAUGACCGCUGAGCUGGAGGAACUGGCUUCUGCUCGGAGGAGAAGAGGAGAGAGACUAGAUGAGAUGUUGGCAUCCCAGGAGUCUAUGUUGCGUUCUCAGCCCUCGGAGGCAGAUUACAGAGCAGCCACUGUCAAGCAGCGGCCUACCAGCAGGAGAAUAACACCAGCAGAGAUCAGUUCACUGUUUGAGAGACAAGGGAUGACUCUACAUGGAGGUCUUCACCCUGGGAUUGAGAGAGGUCACAUACCACUACCAAAGGGCAUGUCCAGGACCAAGUCUUUUGGUGCCACUGAGGAGGAUCGGCUGUCCGCCCUCGCAGCCGAGCACCGAUUUCCCCGCAGUUCCUCUAUGACAGACAGCCUCCGAGACCACUCGCAGCCCCAUCCCAUCCCUCCACCUCCACAAACGGCACCUCCUCCUCCUCCCUACUACCUAGACACCGGUCCUCCCCCAGCGUUCUGCCCUCCUCCACCCCCGUCUAGGACCCAGAGUCAAGGCCAUGAGCCUGGGGGACGUUCCAGCUUCAAGCCCUCCUCCUUGGACCUGCCUUAUGAGGCCGCCCAGCGGCAGGCCACACACAUCGAGAGACAGAAGAAAGCCCGCUCCAUGAUAAUCCUGCAGGACUCUUCCCAUCUACCUGUAGAACCUACAGAAAUUCCCCGACCUUCUGCUGCUACUCCACCUGAGCGAAUUAAAAGGAAGGGUCGGAUUAUUGACAACCCUUAUGCUAAUGUGGGUCAGUUUAGCAUUGGACUGUACACGCCCACCAAGCCCCAAAGGAAGAAAAGCCCCCUGGUGAAACAGCUACAGGUGGAAGAUGCACAAGAAAAAGCUAGUUUGGCCUUAGCUGCUGCCCACUCACGAGAGAGCUCACCCUCAGGACGACACCCACAUACCCACGGGCACACACACACCAGCCAGAUGAUGUUUCAGGGUAAGGGCCCCUUCGCUGCUGCAAUUGCUGGAGCAGUGAAAGAUCGCGAGCGUCGCCUAGAAGAACGGAGGAAAUCCACUGUCUUCCUUUCUGUUGGGACCAUGGAGGGGGCAUCUACCACCAGCUCUGAUGCCCCCUCUCUGACUCAGUCUCACUCAAUCGAUGAACGGAUGCUGACCCGCGAGCUGGGACAGCUGCCUCCCCCUGCCUUGGCUCUGAGCCCCUCACCUAGUGGGACCACCUUUAUCCAUCCACUUACAGGAAAGCCCCUGGACCCUAAUUCACCACUGGCUCUUGCGCUGGCCGCAAGGGAGAGGGCGCUGACCUCCCAGAGCCCAACUAGCAGCCCAGAGCCUCGGACUAAAGAGCGAGUAGGCCAGGGUGUAAUAUUCAUUGACAGUCAGACCAAAGAGUCUCCACAUGGGGAAGGGGUACCUGCAUCUCCACCUUUUUCACCUAAAAGCCCACAAUGGGCUACAUCACCUUCGCCUGUAUCAUUCCGACAAGAAAUGGAGGCCAGAAUAGAGGAGAGGAAGGAGGAGAAGAGACUAGAGGAUAAAAAAAGUAUGUUGAUCAGUAUUAUGGAUACGUCACAGCAGAAGACAGCAGGGCUGAUCAUGGUCCAUGCUACCAGUAAUGGCCAGGCUGUUGGGGUGGGUUCAGAACUAGAACAGACACCUGCCCCAGUAACCAUGGAGCCUAGCAAAUCACCAAGUCCACGGGCUAAAUCCCCCAGCCCUACGGUCUCCCAGCCCCAGGCCCAGCUCCAGGCCCAACCCCAGGCCCUGCCUCAAACUCAGCGUCCUGCCAGUCCAGCCCAAGAGAAGAGUCUGGCUCAGGGAAGCUCCGAGGAGGAUGUGGAUCCAUACACAGUAACCCUGCCGCCUGCCAUGUUAUCCUCCAGUGAUGAAGAGACAAGAGAGGAGCUACGCAAGAUCGGAGUUGUUCCACCACCAGAUGAGUUUGCUAAUGGGCUGCUGGCACAGGCACAGGGGACCGUGUCCCCAGCUAAACCUGCCACCUCUCCCACCACCCCUCCAACGCCUGUCUCAGGGAAGCCCUCUGACCCUCUGGAGCCCCCACCGGUGGGUGAGUCCGGCUCUGCGGCUGACUCAGGCGUGGAGGAGGCUGACACACGCAGCUCCAGCGAGAGAGAGCGAGACCACCAUCUCGAGACCACCAGCACCGUCUCCACGGUUUCCAGCAUGUCCACAUUGUCCUCAGAAAGCGGCGAGCCUGCCGACACACACACCACGCACACCUCCUAUGCCGACGGGCAGACUUUUGUGCUCGACAAGCCGCCAGUGCCUCCUAAGCCCCGACUCAAGUCCCAGAUAGGAGGCAGUAAAGGCCCCGUCACCUUCAGGGACCCUCUGCUAAAGCAGAGCUCUGACAGCGAGCUGCUAUCACAGCAACAGGCUGCUGCCCUGGCUGCUGCUGCGGCUGGAGGAGCUGGGCUCCCCCCAGGUGGUUCGGCCUCAGUGACUGGUCUAGCCCCCACCAAGCCGCGCUACCUCUUCCAGCGGAGGUCCAAGCUGUGGGGGGACCCUGUGGAGCCCCGUGGGCCAGGGGUGGGGCUAGCAAAACCAUCUGUUAUGGGAGAGCUCAGUUCACGACUACAGCAGCUAAAUAAAGACACUAGGUCACUGGGAGAGGAACCACUGGGAGCAUCACUUGACCCAGGGAGGAAAUCACCUGUGGCAGGUGCCAGACUUUUCAGCAGCCUAGGCGAGCUCCACACCAUUUCUCAGAGAAGUUAUGGCACCACGUACACCAUCCGCCCUGGCAGCCGUUACCCCGUUACCCGACGCACCCCUAGCCCAGGUUCAGGCUCACCUGAUCGGGGCGACCCUCUUGGACGAUUCUCAAGCUUCGGCCUACCGACCUCACCGACUACGCCCCCGCAAACCAUCCUCAAGUCCUCGAGCCUCAGCCUACCCCAGGAGCCGAAAGAGGUCCGCUUUGUAAUGAGGAGCUCCAGCGCCCGCUCCCGCUCUCGUUCCCCGUCCCCUUCCCACUCCCCCGGCUUGGGGUCACCGCUUUUAGCCCUCCGGCCCUUCCACCAAAAACCCCUCCACCUUUGGAACAAGUACGACGUUGGAGACUGGCUGGAGAGCAUCAACCUGGGGGAGCACAGAGCAGGGUUUCAGGAACACGAGAUCGAAGGCUCUCACCUCCCGGCUCUAACCAAGGAUGACUUUGCGGAGCUGGGAGUGACGCGAGUCGGACACCGCAUGAACAUUGAACGAGCACUAAAACAGCUGCUGGAGAGCUGACCCCUGCCCUGAGACACAGCAACAGAUGGAGGAAAGACGGAAGACAGGAAACCAGUGAGCUACAGAGCUGAUGAAAGAAAACAAUAAGGGACCACUCCUCUUUUACUCUGGCUGCUUUUUUUAAAAUUAUUUUUUGUUUUUAAUUUUUUGGCAUCACAAAUGUUUACCUGUGGGCCUUUAACGGCGUUUUUUUUUCCGUUCCCGCUCUGCAUCAACAACACCCUGCACUUGGCACUGCACUGAAGAGGAGGAGUGAAUACAUUCGUCCCUCUCUACUCGGCCCUUAGAGAUCUGCCCACCUCCUUUGGCUGCAGCCAAUUAGAUCAGACCUCAAAAUGAUAUCUGGUCUUUUUUUUUUUUUUUUUUCUUCCGCCGAGGAGAAUCGCAUGAGCUCCAAUUAAAACAUUUGAUUUGUGAAAGGUUCCGUUGUUUCCUUAGUAACACCCACGCGUUCUCCCUCACUGCUCCCUCCUCUCCUCUCUACCUCUAUCCCCCCCCUCCCCCCAUCUAUUAGGCCUCUGAAAAGCCUUUUGCAGUUUGAGUAAAGGAGGAGGAGGACGAAUUCUUUUUUUUUUUUUGUUCCAAACAGAAAAGCUCAGUUGCCUUUCAAAAAUAUUUAUACAGAGAUCAACAAUGAUGAACACGGCGCUAUGGACGUAGCGCUGACACAGCUCUGAAAAAGGUGUGUCUUCUGUAUACCUGCUGUUGUUUUUAAAAACCGAAGACUUUCGAGCCCAGAGGUGGAGCUCCGCAAACCACGGGAGACGAACCCCCCCUCUGCCUUGGUACCCAGACUGUGCUAUCUAUUAUAUUUGGAGAAUGUUUAACCAACACUCGUGGCUUUUUUCAUAAUCAAUUUUUUGGUUUUUCCAAAGGGAAUAUUAUAUAUAGGUAUUAUAUAAUAUAAUAUAUAUGUAUCUAAAUAUAGCUUUCAGAAGAGAAAAGACAAUGUCGCAAAGAGGAUAUGUAAUAAAUUAAUCUGCGCCUGUUUUUUUUUUUUUUGGUUUUUAGUAUAGAAGGCAGAGAGAAAUCUUUAAAAAUCUAUUCCACCAAUAGUUUACUCAUUUCUACCAAUUAUAUACAUACAUAUAUAAAUAUAUAUAUAUAUUUGAAAGAAAAAAAAGUAUAUAGAUACGAAAAUGAAAUUUUUUGUCAUAGGUAAUACAACCUUCCUUAUGGUCACCCUUUCUUGAACCGUAGCAUGACGAGUUGCAUCAUGUUUUUUGGACAGAGAGUUUGUUGUUUGUUUUUAUUUUUCUUACGGUCUUCCUUCAUACUAUAAAGGGCAUCCCGUAAUGUGAGGCUGAGACCCCAGUU